CCCGUUGUUUCCCGCCUCGCAUUUCCAUUUCUCUCAACUUCUUCCACUACGCUCUCGCAUCGAUUCCACAAUCAUACUAUUUCCGGAAAUUUUGCUUCAGAUUCGCACGCCAUGCUCGGAUUUUACUAAAAGUAUAGAGGAACAAUCCAGAGGCUGAUUUUGGAAUACUGAGAUUUUUAUCAACCUUCUGUUAAAGCUAUGGGAACGAAUGUUGGUAGACAGACUGAUAUUCAGGAGGAGCAAAUGACUGAUCGUCGGAGUCUCAGUAGCAACAAUCGUUACUGCAGUCAAUCCACGAAGAUGUCUGUAGGAAUUCUUGUUAAUUCUAUUUCCAAUGCCAAAACGAAAGACCUCCAGGAGCCAGGGGCCCAAACUGUUGAAGUCGGAAGUAGCAGCAAAAAAAAUAGUGUCAGAUGUCGUGAAGGGCAUUCGCCACUUAUGGAAAAACACGUGAUAGUUGAACCGAAGAAUGCCUCCCCUUGGGUUUCCACUAGAUCUUUCAACCCAAAGAUAUCUUCUUCAGUCGCAGAUAAAGAUACAGAACGUACACCAAGUUUCCCAGCCACCAGAAGAACACGCCCCACAUCAAAGAUAUUAGAGAAAGCAUCUGCAGCCCAUUCCAUCAAAUAUUUUGCUGCUAAGUCUGGCUUAGGAUCUGAUGUAUGCAGACAGAAGAAUUCUGGUAGAGAGAACUGUUCAGUGGAGAAUGGGAAUGUUGAUACUGUAGAGCAUGUUGAGAAUCUGGUAUAUUCAACUGAACAAGGAGUUCAGCAAGCGAAAGAACAGGUACAAGAUAAAGAUAGGAAAAAAGAAACCGGGGGCCGUGAAUCUUUGAGGAUCAAGCUGUGGGAGAUCUUAGGAGAUGUUUCUUCACCAAACAAACAGCCCCCCAGUCUUCAGUGUGAGGAAUUGCAUCUGGACCAAGAGAAGAACAGGAAGCAAAGUCCUAUCAGAAAACUAAACAUUAAUUCGGACACUAUCGAAAGUGAUUCUCAAACUCAAAUUUCCACAAGGCCAAUAACUCGUUCUUUAGCCCGGAUGAAAGCUGCUAGAAAACAGGGUAGUAAGACUGAAGCAACAAAUUCUAUCAAUAGAAAAGACUGUCAACGAAACAGAAUAUUCUCAUCCAAAGGAGAUCUAUCUGUGGGAUCAUAUGGUAAUUUCGUGGAUGGUUCUUUACCUUCUAAGGGAGAAAAAGUUAUUAUGGGAAUGAGCUCUCGAGCAGAGACAAAUCAGGGUGUAAGGGAAAAAGAUGUAGAAGAGAGACAGCAGUCAGAGAAGAGCAGAUCAAUACCAGUGGAAAAAUCAAUGUUGCAGAAGAAUAAAGUUUCCAAUGCCAGCAGUUCCACUGACAGAAGAAAUGAUGUAAAUGUCGAGCCAGAGAAGGGUACCAAGAAUAGUUCUUCAUUUGAGUUUUCUCUUAAUGCAAUGACUGAUCGAAGGGAUGUUCAGAAUUCAAUGGUUGUUGAAGCUUCGAAGAAGAAUCUACAAGAAGACAUAUCUGAUUCUCUGUUUAAAAGGAAAAGGAAUUCUCUUCAUCCACAAAAGGGUAUAAAAAAUAAUUCUCCAUUUAAGAUUCCUAAUGAUCAAAUGGAUGUUCAGAAGUCAAUGGAUGUUGAAGCUUCAAAGAAGGAUCUAGAGGAAGACAUAUCUGAUUCUCUGUCAAAAAGGAAAAGGAACUCUGUGCAGCCAAAAAGGGUUACCGUAAAUAACUCUUCAUUUGAGUUUCCUCUUAAUGCAAGGACUGAUCAAAGAGAUGUUGAACAGUCAAUGGAUGUUGAAGCAUUAAAGAAGAAUCUUCAAGAAGACAUUUCUGAUUAUCUAAUAAUAAAGAAAAGGAACACUAUGCAGCCCAAAAAGGAUACCAAGAAUAAUUCUUCAUUUGAGUUUCCUCUUCAUGCGAUGACUGAUCAAAGGGAUGCUGAUGUUAAAGCUUCCAAGAAGAAUCUGAAAGAAGACAUAUCUGAUCACCCUUUGAAAAAGAAACGGAACACUGUGCAUGAUCCUUCAUCCCCUCCUUCCGACAUUAAGUCACGAAGCAGUUUACAGAAAAGUAAUCAAGAAGAACUUCAUGAUCAAAUUCCUGCUGAGAAAGUAUUUAACAGAACAGGCAUACAAAGCUUCAAAAGCUUUCUGAGUUCAAAAUCAGCUAACUGCGGACUAGAUGUGCAACAGGAAAUUUCCGUUGGUAGGAACAAACAGAAGAAUAGUCCGAAGAGAAGCAUCUUUGUGAAACCAAAUAUGGUAAUGGAUGAAGACAGUGAUAUCCAGUCCAAAUCAUUAACCGAUGAGACUAAUUCUGAGAGCUCUGAAGAUGGAUCUCAUUGCAAGGAACCAGAGGAAUUGUCUCCUGAAAUUCGUAUAUCUGAAAAGAUUCUACAUAAUUCCGAUAAAAGUCUUGACAAUGAAAAAGAUGUUGGAGUGGUUGGAUCUAGUCCAGCAUCAGAUUCAUCAAAAGGAGGGGUACAGGAUACCAGUGAGCUUGAAAUGUACAUGGAAGAGAAUCAGGAGGAUGGCCUGACCAGGGCUGUAGCACUAUUUACCGUGGCUUUGGGUCAUGUUAAGACCAAACUGAAGUCAAUUAGUAGCAGAAGGUCUGCCGAUAUUCUGCGUACUGCAGUUGAGGAAAUAUUGUUACGAUUGCAGAAUGCUGAAUCUCUUGUUAAAACAGAUGUGGGAAAGCUGACCAAUCUAAGUCAUUCAAAAAGCAAACAGUUGGAAACUAGAUUUCAAGAAAAACAGGACCAGUUGCUUGAAAUACAUAAAAGGUUCAAAAUAGAGGUUACGCAGCACCUCCAGAACUGUGGCAGCCUAAUAGAAGAUCUAGAAGAGCAUGAGAUUGAGCUCAAAAGAUCGGUGGAAAAGCAAGGAGCAGCGCAUAAAAAGUUAGUGUCACAAGUGGAGCAAGAAAUCAAUGCACAACUUGAAGAUGCUGAAAGCAGAAUCAUGGCUGUCCAAGAGAUGGCUAGGGGAAAGAUGCUUCAACUGAAACUUGCGGUGGCUGAGUGCUUGAAACAUGGUGGCUUAAGUUGAGAGAGAUGAAUGUGUUGAUAUAAGUUGGUGAAUUGUAAAUCCUUGCUAAUUUUUACAGCUUAAAGCGACCCAUAUUCAUUUGUGAUGUUUUUGAAGUUAGAGAGCAAAUUGCUGUGUAUUUAGUUAGAUAAUAUGGGAUACUAAUAUUUACGUUGAAAUUAUGGAUAAAGUUGCUUGUUUUC